AUGUUCGUUAUGCUCUACCAUCUUGAGGAUGAGCUCAAGUCAGUCAUGUUCACAUACCAGACUAUGAAGGACUCAAUUCCCGAGAAUGUCACAAAGGACGUUUUCAACAGCAUGUGCAAGGACCUCAUUGUUGAAGCACGUCAUACAUCUGCUUCAUCCUCAUCCACCCCGAAUACCUCGGCAAACGUGACUCGGAACAACAACAAAAACUAG